UUUAUUAUCGCGUCAAAAAACACGUUUUUGUUGUUCAGUGACGUAUACGCGCAAAAUUUCUUUCUAUAAUCGAAAACAAUCGCUUGUAUUGUUAUCGAAAUAUUACUCAAAGAGAACCACUGUUUUCGCAUACACAUAUAGGAAUUUGGAGCACGCGUUAACAGGUGUUUUUUUUUACAACUAUAUGCGCGCAAAUCAGACCAGACAGUGAAUUUAUUUUAUGAAUGAAAUUGUUUUGAAAAUUUUUGUGUAUGUUUUGAUUAAAAAAUGUUGAUUAAUAAUUCAACGGUGAAUACGUUAACGCCUGGCGUGGCGAAAUUAACAGUUUGUGCUGUUACAACGUCUAGCUGUUCGACGACCAGUUCAACGAAUGUGGCAGCUGUUGCACCUAUGCCGAAUUUAUCUGUACCAACAAGUGUUGUACAAAUUUCGGAACGUAGAAAAUUGGCAAGUGGUGUUAAUGAAACCCAAACAUCGACGUCAUCGACCAAAACUGUUAAGAAGAAAAUUAAUGAUGCUGUUAGUAAGGUUUUACAAGAUUUUGAUUGGAGUAAAUUUCCUACGGCUACCAAAACACAACCCGAUAAAAAACAGCAACAUGUUAAACGACCAAUGAAUGCAUUUAUGGUAUGGGCACAAGCUGCACGGCGGCAAUUAUCUGGACGAAAUCCAAAAAUACAUAAUGCGGAAUUAAGUCGAAAACUUGGUGAAAUGUGGAAAAAAUUAACAGACGAAGAAAAACAACCGUUUAAAGAAGAAGCUGAACGUUUACGACAAAUUCAUAAAAUUGAUCAUCCACAUUAUAAAUAUCAACCCAGACGAAAAAAAUCCCGAGAUAAAUCACGGACACCUGUUAAACGAAAUACGGGUGGAUUUCAUUUAAAAGAAUCUCAACUUCGUAAACAACAACAGAACUUAAACUACAGUCGGCCAAUGAAACUCGAAGAUUCCUUAAGUGGCGGAGAUCCAUCAUGUUUAUCGCCAACGACGAGCAACCCAAAAACACCAAAUUCACAAUGUACUCCACCGCCCUCGAUAACACCCCCCGAAGCACAUACGAUUAACACCCCCUUACAAAAUGGUUACAUGCAUCAUGAAACGCAUCAUCGAAUACAUUCAGAUUCAUCAACUAUCGACUUUAGUCGAAUUGAAGAACUAGAUCCAUCGGGUAUUAUGCCAGAAGAUGGUAUCGAUAACACUGAGCUAGAUCAAUAUUUACCCCCAGGUGGAAACGGAGGUCGAAAUACACCGGGAAAUCCUAUGGUUUCAUAUAAUUAUCCCACCUAUCAACAUCAUCAGUAUAUCAAGUAUUCGGAUAGCUCAACGGAAAUCGAUGUUGUCGAAUCGAAUAAUAACCACUACCAUAAAAGUAAACAUCAGUAUUCCACAAUCCAGGAGAGUCCUGAUUCUUCAGCCUAUUACGGUGAAGAUUCGAUGUUAUCAACAAGAUAUCAUGAACUUCAACCAACAAUGGCGUCCGUUAUAAAGAGUGAACGAUUUACGCCACAAACAUCUCCAUAUACUACAACAAAUCCAGCUGGAAUUGGAACAAAUUCAGCUUAUUCAAGUACACCAAGCUAUUUCCAAACAUGUCAGUUUCCAUUAAAUUCACCAUACCCGACAACAGCGUACAUACAAUCACGUGCAUUAAUUAAUUCGAAUGUUUCGCCAAAUUGUACGGGGGUUAAUGUGACACCAACGAAUCCAAAUGAAAAUAUGGUUUGGACCAAUUAUUAAUUUAAAUUGAAAACAAAGAAUUAUUUUUAAAAUCUGAUUGUUGUAAGCAAAUCGUAUCGUUUAUAGACUGUUUUAUGUUGAAUCCAAGCAUACACCAAUUUGCUACAAUCUCAAUCUUAAAGCAUUCUAACGAGGUGAACCAAUUUAAUAUCUUGGAAAAUAUUUUUUUUACAUUUUAGAAGCCACGAAUCAGUAUUGACUUUUAAAAAUGAUGAUCAAAAUUAUUAUCAAUUAAAUAUUCCCAUCCGAACGUGUCGGGUUUUCUGAGUUGUCGGAACUGUUUUCUGAACUGCAUCCGGUAUAUCUCUGAUAAAGUUUAUAAGUUGUGUAGUUGUUUGUUUUAAGAUUAAAUAAUGAUCUGAUCGAAUCGAAAUGAAUAUAGCAAAUCAUAUCGUAAAUUGGUCGCUUUAGAACAGUACAUAGAAGUAACGAUAGGCUUUCAACCCCAACAUUAAUAAUUUAAACUGCCAGAAAUGAAUGGUAUAAGCUAAAUUAUUG